AUGGCAUCGUCCCUGCUCGUCCUCAAGGUACCGUCGACCCUCCCUGCUCCUUGGUCGACGCGCGCCGCAGGCGGUCGCAACGUUUGGGUGGAAGCUGACGACGGCUCGCAAUGGCGCCGUGUACGGGACCAAGGUGCGCUUUCCGCACGCACUGGUGUAAGCGACGCCAUCUCGUCCCUCGUCGAUGCCGAGACGGGACCGACGCUGACCCGUGCGCUUCUUCGCCACCGCAGCAUGAUUUUCCUCUUCCGGUCCGGAACGUUCCGGCAAAAGGUGUCCCUCGUGCUGCGGGCGACGCGGAAGCACGCGACCAACCUCGCGCGCUUCGCCACCAUCUACAAGCUGACCUUGCUCACGCUCAAACACUUUGGGCCCACGCCGGGCAAGGAGGGCCCCUACGACUCCUUCCUCGGCGGCCUCCUCGGCGGCUACGUCGUCUUCGGCCAACGGUCGCCGCGCACGGGCAAGGUCUCGAGCGUCAGCCAGCAGAUCGUCAUCUACAUCUUCGCCCGCGUCAGCCUCGCGCUCGCCCGGCUGGCCGUCAAGCCUGGUCACGGCCUGCCGCUCGUCUCGAACGAGCCGCUGCACACGCGGUUGAGCAGCAACGCCUGGCCGGUGUUUGCCUCGCUCUCGUGGGGGUUGGUCAUGGCCCUGUUCCGCUACCACCCGGAGGACCUGCAGUCGAGUCUGCGGAGCAGCAUGACGUACAUUUACAAGGACUGCGACGAGUGGGAUUCGCUGCGGACGCUCCUGUGGCACAACAAAAAUGUCCCCGCCGAGCUUCUGCUUCCUCCUCUUCCUCCUCCUCCUCCUCCUCCUCCUCCUCCUCCUCCUCCUCUUCCUCCAUCUUCCUUCUCCUCCGCCUCCUCACCGCCGCAGCGUCGCCGCCUCCUCGUUGCAGCACGGCACGCACCCGACGCACGCAGCAUGGCGCCCAGUGCCAAGGUCGCCGACGCGCUCGCCCGUGCCGAGUCGGCCUCGGCUGACGCCGCCAAACCGCCCCUCUACGAGGCUCUCCUCGGCGACAUGAAGGCGCUCUCGUCGCCGGCGACGGUCGUCGACGACCUCAACGCCGUCGUCGACUCCUUCUUCGAUCAGGCCCUCGGCGCCGUCGCCACCCGCUCCGUCCUCGCCGUCCUCGUCGCCACCAUCAAGGCCUUCGGCAAUGACGACGUCUGGAUCGACGUCGGCGGCCGCACGCUCACCACCAUCGCGGCGCAGCCGUCGCCCUUCUUCGACGCCACGGCUGCCCUCUGCGAGCUCGUCGCCUCGGCCCACGAGUCCAACGAGGACUUUGCCGACGCCGCCAAGGUCCUCACCCGCAUCCCCCUCGACAGCGCCCAGCGUAAGGUGACGGACGAGGACAGGGCCCGGGUCUGGGUCCGGAUCGUGCGCAACUACCUCGAGGUCGACGACCACGUCGCCGCCGACGUCUACAUCAACAAGCUGCGCAACAUCAUGCACACCGUCUCCGACGACGACCUCAACCUGCACUUUCGCCUGUCGCAGGCCCGCAUCCAGGACGCGAAGCGCGACUUCCUCGUCGCCGCCCAGCGGUACCACGAGAUCAGCGUCUCGACGGCCAUCGACGAGGACGAGCGGCUGCACACGCUCGCCAUGGCCAUCAAGUGCGCCGUGCUCGCGCCCGCCGGCCCGGUGCGGAGCCGCACGCUCGGCCUGCUGCACAAGGACGAGCGCAGCGGCCGGCUCGCCGAGUUUGCCAUACUCGAGAAGAUGUUCCUCGACCAGCUCCUGUCGGCCGACGAGGUGGCCAAGUUCGCCGAGGGGCUGGCGCCGCACCAGCUGGCCAAGACGUCCGACGGCUCCACCGUCCUCGACAAGGCCGUCGUCGAGCACAACCUGCACGGCGCCUCGAGGCUCUACCGCAACAUUCGCUUCGACGCCCUCGGCUCCCUGCUCGGCCUCGACGCCGACGAGGCCGAGGAGACGACGGCUCGGAUGAUACAGCAGGGCCGGCUCGCCGGCCGCAUCGACCAGCUCGACGGCGUCGUCUGCUUCGACACCGCCUCGGCCGAGGACGAGAGCGCCACCGGCCGCGUCGAGCGGGCGGCCGACAAGGAGUUGCAGCAGUGGGACACCAACAUCGAGACGCUCGCCGAGGAGCUCGAGAGCAUCACCAACGCGCUGCGCCUCGAGUUUCCGCGCGGACAGGAGUUUGUAGCCGCGAAUCUGAAUGCGUGA